AUGUUGGAUAAAACGAUGCAGGAUACAACGAACAAACAGCCGCCAUCAGCUGCUAGAUCACAGCAUCACAAAACCCAUCCCGAACAGCAGCAGCCGCUGGAAUCUUCACCUUCGCAACCACCAUCGCUACAGCAACCAUUACAGGGCAACCAAAGGGAACAACAGUCAAAGGAACCAAAACGGCUGCAACUGCCUCUGCAGGAACCGGUCCCAGCGCAACUGCCGGCCUUGCAGGAGAAACCGCCGGUCGAUCACCUCCAGCAGAUACUUUGCCAACCGGCGGCACCGCGACUCGAUACGCCGGGCAAGCUUCCCAAGGAGGGCACGGGCGGCCCGGUGCCCUUCUCCUUCUACAAGACAAUCAAUACCGUGAUCAAAAGCGGCCGCAAGAUAAUAGUGCGCGUUUGUGAGGUGACCAAUGUGAAGACCAAGCUCAAGAUGUUCAAUCUCUACUCGACGAUGAACAAGCGCAAUGGCGCGGACGACAAGGAGGCGAAGGAGGUGGAAACCACCGGCCACGAUCGCUUCUGCCAGGAGCGACCGUCGAGGUCGAGCUACCGGCGCAAGAAAAGAAAAAUGCGACGUGCCCAGUCGGCGGCCGAGUUCCAGGAGCCGCGCGCGGAAGUGACCCUAACCGCGGCCAACAAACGCAUGCUAUUCAGAGGUCGGUCCAUUAGCUCCGAGCACGACAACAACUCCGAAACCGAACAUUCCGAACGGUCGCCGCUGGUCAGCGCCAAGCUUGACUCGCUGGCCAAGUUCCUCUUCAGCCGGAGCCUGCUGCAGGACAGUCCGAGCGCGGCCAAAGAGAACGAGUCGCCGACAAGACACAGCGUACGCUACCAGUAUACGGCCUUGGACAGUGGGAUCGGAGCGCCGGAUCGGAGCCCACGGGAGCGGGCGGCUCGGGAACGUGCUUACGCCGCGUGCCAGGAGUGGCUGCAGAACACCGGCGGCCGCUACGAGUCCAUCGCACACCUAGAUGACAUUGGGUCGCGCUCGAAUAAGCACUGGUUCCUACUUAACGACUGCACGAUACGUACCGAUCGGCUGAUGACUUUACUACCAUUACCUCCCGAUUGCAUUGCCUUAGAAGAGUUGCCGCCGUCGGAGUGUCCCCAGGGAGUGCUGAUGGAGCUGCUCGGUUCCCUUCAGCACCCGUACAUCUACCCGGUGCUGGACCUCGGCUUCUUCCCCUCCGACUCCCACCAGUACGCCAGCCUCGUGAUGCCGUUCAAUCCCCGCGGCAGUCUCAAAGAUCUCAUCUACAAGUCCCAGUGGAACGAACCGUGGAGUCGCAAGUACACGCGAAAGUCGACCUGUCUGCCCCUGUCCCAGGUGCAACGGCUCGGCCGCCAGAUCCUGGAAGCACUGCUGUUCCUUCGCGAGCGCGGCAUUCCCUCGCACGGCCACCUGCACAGUGGCAACGUCAUCCUGCAGAAUGGAGUCGCCCGCCUAUCCGGACUCGAGAAUGGCCUGCUUGGACUGAACUCCCGUGUGAACGCCGUCAUAUGGGCGCGAUCCGCACCGGACAUCGACAACAUCGACGUCAUCUGCUUCGGCCAUCUGCUGUUCGAGAUGUGCGCCGGCUACGAGCUAACAUCCCCGCAGCCCACGCCCGGCCACUACCAGCUCGAUCUCGAGCGGUAUCCACAGGUCGUCGAUGUGCUGCAGAUGAUAUUCGAGUCCCCGGACGGCCGAUAUCCCACGGUGGAGGAGCUCGUGCUCUGUGAUAUUUUCCGCAAUAUCGAUUUAAGAGAAAUGCGAGGAACAUGUGUGCCUUCCUUUAAACACGGUUUGAGCAGCUCCACCCUGAGCUUACUGAAUGCGGUCCGGCGUCGCCAGGGGGCCAUCCUGAGUGGCUCCUACAGCGAGGGCAGCUCGCCCUGCACACCACCGUCGACUCCGCGGGAUCGGAAAACCGGUGAUGUAGAAUCCUCCGAUCUGUCUAGUAGUGAUUCCGAAGAUCUGUUAGAUGAAAUAGUUAUAGCGUCAGCCCGCAUCGACGAUCCAUGCCAUUACGAUCCACUGAGCUCGCCGAUACAUUACUGUGACAAUAAUGUCCACUCGGACGACAACAGCAAUAGUAACAACAACACAAUCAUUCGUAUAGAUUCGAUCGAAGAAUCGCAAGGUUCCGGCUCAUCGGCAACGGGGUCGGCGGGGGCGGUGGCGUGCAGCUCGGGAGCGGGCGGGUCGGGUUCGGGUGCCGUCAGCCUCAACCCGUCGUCCGCGUACAAGAACUCCAAGUCGCGCCGCAUGGAGUACAGCCGGCGGGGCAUGAUACUCGGGCUCAGCAACCCAUCGCAAGACUCCGCGUUCGGUUCCAUGACGGACGGCGAGUCGUCCAGGGCGUCCAGCUUUAAGCUGAGCAGCUUCGCCUCGAUGAACUCCCCGAUCGACGAGGGCGUCGAGGAUCUGCUGGUGGAGCAGGAUCUCGCCGGCGGCUCGGCGGCAGACAAUCUCGCGACCACCAUCGCCAACAUGAAGUACAUCGACUCGACGGGAUCCUCGCCCUGCCACGACUACCAUCACCACCCGCAGCCGCACGCCGGUGCGUCCUACCACUGCGCCGUCAGCAGCUCCCGGACCGAACCCUCGAUAGCCUCGCGUGACAUCUCACCCAGCCGCUCCCGGUUUCUCGAACCACCGAAGCUGGUCAUCAACAAUCACUCUUCCUCCACGACGAACUCCUCGCUUUGCUACACCCUCUCGCCGUUACGGAAGUGUGCCACCACCGAGGUGUUCUCGCAGAAGUAUCGCGUCUCGUCGUUCGAGGACAUGACCUACACCUCCGCGAAGCAGUCCAUCAAGAAUACCUCCCGAAAAAUCUUCCGAUCGUUCGAGGAGGAACGUCGCAUCGACUCCGCUUUUAUGCCUAUCGAUAUCUCGAGCUCACCGGCUGGACCGUCGCGAAGUCCUUCCUCUAGUAAAUCCAUCAACGCUGCCGGGCACAAGCCACGACAUGCAGGACAGCUCCAACCACAACUUUCCCUGCCACCGAUGCUUCUGCCACCAUCGACACCGUCUCCGAAGCAUCAGUCCGCCGCACUCUCUCCAUCGAGGAAGAACCAUGCGUCCUAUCAGAACCUCCACACCAUAGUUCCGACUGCCCGCGAACGAGGACUUCAGUGGCGCAGUAAUCUUAUCAAAUCGAACGAGUGUCUCUUUGAGACGUCCUUCAACUAUGUCCCUGCAGGUCAGCAGCAGCAGCAGCAACUACAACAUCAGCAGUACUUCACGUCGAGCUUCUCUGGUAGUCCUCUGCGGUCGGACUUUGAUCGGAUGUUCCGUGGACAUGGUUCGCAGGAUCUUCCCACGACGGACAGUUUGGGAAGUGUCGGUGAGAUAAGCUGCGAUAGGUUUAUACUCACCCCCGAACCACUGAUCCCUGGAAGUCCGAUGAAAAAGACGACGAUGCCAACGGUGACAACGGCAGCAUCACCAAUACCCACGGCUACGGGAACUACGGCUACCACGAGCCGUCUCCGUCCGAACCGGACCGAUCGGCAGCAGAUGUUCUCGCUAGCACGCUUCAAGCACAGCACAAUCCUGGACAGUGUGUCCAUCGAAGACUUCUCCUCGGAAAGCUCCCUGCGAGCACCGACGGCACGCUCCCCAAGCCCUGCGAGCCCUUGUCGCAGUGCGGCCAGCCUGGCAUCGUCCUCUUCCGUUGGGGACGCACCGCCCGGUUCGGAGUUCGAGGCGAAACGACUCUCCUCGGAUGCCACCUGCACCUCGGACGCAUCGGACACGACCAGCGAAGAUACGACCAGCAUCAGCACGACCGACACGUCCCUGCUCAAGUCACCGAUUCCUCAACGAGUGCCCGCGACGACGGAACAGCGUCACAAGCACGCCGCUAGAGAGGUUCGCCAGUACCUUGACGACGCAGCAGGCAGCGACGAAUUUGGCAGUGGGAACGAGGAGAAAACGCCGCUGCUGGAUGGCAUGGAGCUGUCGCCGAUUUCACCGACCGAGUCGGAGCAGAUGUUGUGA